AAAGAGAGAGAGAGCGGAAGGCGAGCGAAGGAGGCACGGAGCUCGAAUCCGGAGCUCCUCCAAGUGCGGCAGAGAGCGACGGGACGAAACCGGGGCUGCGGGGAGACCCUGGGAAAAGCCCACGGUCGGGUUAGUGCUGGCUGUGGUCGAGCAGCAGAGCACACCGUGGUGCAACCGCGAUCGAUUCAACGACGGACAGCAGACGACCGGCCGCUGAGCGGGAGGACAACGACCAGCGUCGCGGAAGCACGGCAGCGGCCUCGACAUGGCACCGGCGGCGGACGAACAGAAGGUCAGCCUGGACGCCCGAGGCGUGCUCAUCAUGGUGGUCGCCCUCGGAGGAAUCGUCGGCCUCUGGGUGAACGAGUUCAUGGUGUCGGAGGACAACUAUCCCGCGGGCUACGUGUACCAGCCGCCCAAGCGCGGCAAGGCAGCGGAGCCCGUGGUGCACGAGCCCCCGCGGCCAGUCCUGCUAACAGUGGAGGACUGCGGCAAGCUGGCGCUCGAGGCCGUCCGAGAGUAUGUCGAACGACACCCUAUCGAGAGGGACGACUCAGCAGAGACAACCCGAGAAGAGGCCGAGGACAAGGCUGCCAGUGACGAGGAGCCGGCUGUGCUGGACGAAUUCCGCGGCAGAGCCAAGGCUCGAGACGAGGACGCCGGAGCAGCCGCUUCUUCAGAGGAAUUGCAUGACGAGGAACCGCCCAAGAAGCAGGUCGUCGAAAGCGAGGAGGAGGCCGACGAGGAAGAAGGCGAAUCAGCGGGGCAAGAAACGGAAGAGGAAGAAAGCGCUGAGGCUGAAGUACAUGGUGAGCAAGAAGAAGAGGAAGAGGAGGAAGGUGAAGAGAGUGGUGAGGAAGCAGCGUCAGAGGAGGAGGAGGCUGCCUCCGAGGAGGAUGAGGAGGAAGAAGAGGGCAGCGAGGAAGUGGAAGAGGAGGAGGUAGAGGAGGAGGAAGCAGGUGUGCAGGAGGAAUCCGAGGAACAAGCAGAAGUGGAAAAGACCCACACCGGGCCCCGGUCACGCAAGCACAUCGCUGAUGUACUCGGCUUUGCUGAGAUUGGAACUGAAGAGGACAGGGAGGAAGAGGCACUCAUCGAGUCCAUCCUCAAGGAACUGAAGAAGCUCUCCGUGACUGCCAUAGAGCCGAUGGAGAAGCUCUACAAAUUCAAGGACAUCAGCACCAGGUUGCUUGGAGAUGCUGAGAUAUUCAACAAGCCUAUGGCGCUUUUCCUUGGGCCCUGGAGCGCCGGCAAGAGCAGCAUCAUUAACUACCUGCUGGGCACUGAGCAUACCAAGGCAGGCCUCAAAACAGGUCCGCAGCCGUCCGACAUUGAUUUCACCAUCGUUCACUACGCCGACAAGCUUCAGCGACUCAGUGGCACUGAAAUGGCUGCACAUUGGGCCUUCUCAAGUGUCCAGAAGUUUGGCCAAGGGUUCCUGGAUCAUUUCAAAGGAAUCGGCCUGCCUCAUCCACUGCUGCAAAAGGUGACCAUCGUGGACACACCUGGUAUUCUUGACAAGCGCAAAAUAGAAAACUACCCUUUCAACGAUGCCUUCCAGUGGUUCAUUGAUCGUGCUGAUGCCAUCUAUGUUGUGUUUGACCCAAGCAAGCUCGAGAUAGGAGAAGAAAUGGCAACUCUCCUAGACCAGCUGAAGGGCCGUGUAGGCCAGAUCCGCUUCAUUCUCAACAAGGCAGACUUCAUGCAGCCUCAUGACAUCAUGCGUGUCACCGGACAGCUUUUGUGGAAUGUCUCUCCACUCCUGGGUAGUAGUGACGCUCCAAUCAUCCAUGUCGUGUCCAUGACUUCAAGGCCUUUCCACACCGGUACUCCUGCAGAGUUCUUCCAGGAGCAGGAGCUGGCCCUGCUCGAGCAUUUGCGCGAAAUAAUGGACGAACGUGUAGAGAACACCAUUUCUUUUGCCCGCCGACAUGCUGUACGGGUGCGCAACCAUGCAAAGCUAGUUGACUGCUUUCUGAGCACAUUUUACAAGCAGAAGGGACUGUUUGGAAGCAAAAAGAAAGUAGCAGAACAGAUCGCCAAAGACCCAAACAAGUAUCAUAUAUUCGAAGGGCUUAGCAGACUGAGCAACGUCAGUCGCUACGACCUUCCAGACCCCCAACUGUACUACAAGUUCUUCAAGCUAAAUCCUAUGUACGACUUCAAGGCCCUCACUGCCACCUGCACCUACUUCAAAGGAUGCCCGCUCGACAAGCUGGACAUUGCAAUUGCCUAUGACUUGCCACAGCUACUGGGCAAGUACAAUGACCAAACUAAACUGAAGAAGGACCAUGACAAGUCCAUGGCAGGACAUGCUCCGGUGCCACUACCAACUGGGCAGCGACACAGCUGAGGUGCCAGACCUUGAGCACCAAGAUCUCUCACCUUAGACAUGGUGACCAUGCUAAGCUGCAGUCUCUGCAUCUAGAAUAUUGCUUCCUGCCAGAAACCGUGCCUGCUACCUGCCAACAGCAGAUUUAACAAAGCUUUGUUUCAGGAAAUCCUGAAAGAUCAACAAAUACGUGGUCAGCUUCAUCAUGUGUAGUGCCUUUAGCUUACAGUGCACUGGUGAAUGCUGCAGCAGGAAAAAUUCACUAGAUACUGUCUCUGCAGCUUUGUGAAUCACAACACUGCUAUCGGUCUUCAGUUCGUGGCACGAGAGAACUCAUGAAUUUGACUGGCCAUGACUUCCGUUUUUCCUCACCUAUUUGUAACCCAAGAAAAUGAACAGUUUCAGUUUCUUGAUGCGAUCGAAAUGUUUUACAGAAAAAGUAACUCUAGGAGGUCCCACAGUCAAAGACUUGGGAGGGAUCUCCAACAGUGCUUUUGAACCGUGAGGCCCAACUUCAAGAACAAAAAGUCUGAUUAUGUUAUCAGUCCAUUUGGUUAUCUUUUUCAAAUUGUAUAGAUCUGACACAAUUAAGGCCUCCCUUAGGCAGAGUGCAAUCAACUUAUGCAAAUAAAAUGUACAUUAUAUUUGAAGACAAAGAAAACUUCAAUUAAACUUCUGCAAUGAAGAUAAUCUCGCAUGCAAAAAGGCUCGCUACUUUCAGUGUUUCUUCACCUAGAGGACGCAAAUUAAUAGAUAUCUCCAUGCAUCACUUCAUAUAGUAGUUAGGUAGUAACUUUACUUAAAUAGUGUCGUUCAAUAACAUCAUUUUACUGUUCCUUCCCAUAACUGGUUUUGUUUAAAAUAUUCAGUAGAAGAUAUGGUUCUCAUUUAUAUAACAAAUAGGGCCUCCACAUGCAAAACAAAAGGCAAUGCACAUCCUGCUCAUAAGUCAAAGGUGUUUUAAUGACUAAUGGCACAAACCAGCAGAUGAAACAGGAUGCUUCACAACAUAAAGCAAAUUAAUAGCAUUGAUAAUGUGCAACAGCUGAGUGUUGGCAGUGCUGGGACUUUGUGAAUGGCUUCAAAGGUGCACCUGGGAGAUCCAUGCCAAACAGAACAAAUCUAGUCUCACCAGCACUUAAGUGCUCAAAUGCUCACGGCACAGUUGGGGUGGCAAAAUGUCAAAGCUGUUCUUUUGAGCAUGCAUCUGGAGAUUCUUGUGUCAAGAACACAUUCCCUACUGGCUAAGUUGUGUGAUCCUCACAACAAAGACUAUGGUGAAUUACAUGAAUUGAGCUAUCAAUCAGGUGAACAACAACAACAACAACAAAAAAAAACAUUUGGUUAGACCGUCACUGCAUGCUAGCUAGAUAUGUCCGACGAAUUCUCACAAAUCUUUUGAACUUUAUAGUGUUUGAGUUCACAGUCUGCCCUCUCUUUUCUUGAAUGCAAAGCACACUAAAUAUCUCAGGGUUUCCUUCCUAGCUAUGAUGGUGCAGGAAAACAAUUAGUAUCAGUAAUGCAGCACACAGAUAAAUCAUCAAACCCUGUUGAAUGAAUAUACUUCAGUGAUCUUUAGGCUUGUCCAACCCAAGAAAAGAAGCCUUGAAAACAGUUCCAGCUUUAAACAAUAUGAGAUGCAACAGAUUAGCUGUUCUAGUCUGGAUCUGUGAUAUAUGGAUAUGGCUAAGUUGUUGGGGUGAACUGUCUGGUUUUUUUUUUUCAAGGCAAUAAAAAAGUCCUUUACAAGCCUUCAAA